GACGAUGAACCAACGCAAGAGAGUUCUCUCGCGGGCGGUGGACAGUCGACUUCCAACUACCUCCCCUCGUCUCCCCUCCCUCUUUCGAGUCACAGUUCCGUUCAGAUCAUCGCACACACACCACCAGCGGUGUGGCAACGCUGACAUCAACAACUCACCUAUCGGAAUCGGCAUGCAACUUUGACUCUGGCUACGACUUCGACUCCGCACUCAAGGCAACGCACAGUGCAUGCUUCCAGAGAGGAUCAGGACCGCACACGACUCCUUACAAGGGCGAAGCACCAUCCGCGCAUGAUCCCGGCGUCAAAAUAAAUCAAUUCUUACGAUGGACGACUUCAAUGUUGGUGGAAGCGGUGGUAUGGGUGGAAUGAGCGGUGCCCCACCGCCUGAGGAGGAUUUCUCGAAAAUGCCAAUCGAAGAGCGGCUGAAAAGCAAGUUGUGGAAAGCUCGCGUGUCGGCGUACGAAGACUUGAAUCGGCAAUUCUCUCGUUCGGCAUCGGAAAAGGAUGCAGUGUUUCGGCCUUACACAAGGAAUCCUGACAUCGUCAAAGCAAUGGCCACAGACUCCAACGCAGUCGCGCAAGAAAAGGGUACAGAGGCUAUCAGAGCAUUCGUUGAAUUUGGCGGCAAAGAGGCUGGAUCCACUCGUGAAUCCGUCUUGCCAUCAUUGGUAGAAAAAUGUCUGGGCUCGAUGAGGGCGGGCACAAAGAAGGCUGCUCUGGAAGCAACUUUGUUCUACGUCGAGAAUGAGGACGUCACUGGCUCCGAGGGCGUCGUUGCCGACCUCAUCAAAGGCACAGAAGCGAAGCAGCCAAAGGUGGUUCUUGCUGCAGUGACGGCUUUGAAAGAGUCAAUUCGGCUAUUCGGACCAAAGCAAGUUCGGCCAAAGCCCAUCUUGACGAAGCUGAAGGAUCUGUUCGCGCACUCGGACAAAGGCGUACGUUCAGAGGCCGGCCUGCUAGCCGUCGAGCUGCACCGAUGGAUUGGCGCGGCUCUGACUCCGACGCUUAAUGAGUUGAAAGAAAUACAAGCAAAAGAGCUUAAAGCACAAUUUGAGGCCGCAGGCGGCUCAUACACGACGCCGGAGCGGCAUCUUCUCUCGAAUAAAGCAGCGGCGGCAGCAGCGGCAGAGGCAGCGAAUGGUGGGAACGGUGACGGCGAAGGAGCAGAUGGUGGUGACGAGGCCCCAGAAGCGGAACCAGUCGAUCCUCUUGAGUUUGCUGAGCCGCAAGAUCCCCUCAAGCAUUCAGACUUCCCCAGCAAUUUUGACGAAUUACUGGCGUCCAAGAAGUGGCAAGAGCGCAAGGAAGCAGUCGAUGGUCUCCUCAAGGCACUUCAAAGCAUCCCCAAAGUGCUCGCGACACCCUCUUUAGAUGGCCCAAUUGACGCGCUGAUCGAAAAGGUCAAAAAAGACGUCAACAUCAACGUGGCGCUUGGCUCUUGCCAGGCUCUGACCCUGCUUGCCAAGGGAAUGCGAGAGAACUUUGCCAAGUACAAAGACAGAGCCCUGCCAGCCUUGCUCGAGAAGCUCAAAGAGAAGAAGGAGAGCAGCGUCAAGAUCAUCACCGAGACGCUGGAUGCGUUGUUCCUGACCGUCUCGUUAAGCGAUAUUCUGGAAGACACCUUGGCAGCCUCAAAGCACAAGAAUCCCGCUAUCAAGACUGAGGCCAUCAGAUUCUUGGCGCGUUGCCUGGCUGAGACGCGCUCAAUGCCUGCCAAAGGCGAUCUCAAACCUAUAGCAGAAGCUCUUAUGGGCGCGAUGGAUGACAGUUCGCCGGAUGUACGAGACGCUGGCGCGCAAGGCCUCGGAACUCUAAUGAAGCUCAUCGGAGAGCGGCCGAUGAAUCAAUUCAUUGAUGCUCUGGAUGAUAUCAAGAAGGGCAAAGUGCAAGAUCAAUUCAAGGUCGCGACCGUCAAGGUCAAGACCUCCAAGCCGGCUGCAGCAGCCCCUGCUAGGUCGGCCCCAGCGACAUCUGCAUCUGCGCCACCGAAGCCACGCUUAGCGCCUCCAAAGAAACCUGCUCCUGCGAACAAGGAGAACAUGCCUCCUGCAGGAAGCGAGGCUUCGGCUCCAAGCUCUUCGCGAGGACCGACUGCUCCAGUCGCCAAGCCUCCGGCUCGUCUGAUGGCAAAGAAGCCCGCUGCUGCGGCCGUGCCCCUCAAAGCAGCUCCAAAAGCAGCUUCGGGCAAGGCAGCCUCGAAAGGCGCAGCUGCGUCCGCGACUGAGCCAGUCAAAUUCCGCAUACAUCCUGACGACGCCGACACUCGCGCCGCCGACCUGAUUCCGGAAGCAAUACGUGGUAUGCUGGCCAGCUCAAAUUGGAAAGAGAGACUGCAAGGCAUGGAAGACUUCAAUACUUGGCUGGGUGUGGAGGCUGCCGAAGUCGAGUGCGAGGUGAUUGUCCGAGCAUUAGGCAAGAAGCCAGGAUGGAAAGAGAGCAACUUUCAAGUCAACGCAGAAGUGUUCAAAGCGCUACGCACGCUAGCUAAUGAGGCGACGUCCUUUGGGCGAUCGACAAUAGCCCUUUCCGUUCAGCCCUUGUGCGAUAAGCUGGGCGACAUCAAGCUGAAAGCGCCGGCCGGAGAGACCUUGGCUUUGUUCGCAGAAAAGACGAGCUUCGGCUUUGUCCUCGCUCAAGCCAUGGGCCCACUCUCGAACCUUAAAGCUCCGAAAGCAAUUGCCGAUUCGCUCCUCUGGAUUGAUCAGGCUUUGUUGGAUUUUGGGACUCAGGGGGUAGACAUUCGAAGCUUGAUUGACUUCCUUGUCACCUGUCUGAAGUCAGCCAACGCAGCUGUUCGAACGAACGCAACCCAGGUCACAGGCACUCUUGCUCGCUUUGUCGGUGCUGCACUCAACAACUUCUUGGGCGAUCUGAGCCCACAGCUCCGCACCAUCGUAGAGGGUGAAAUUGGCAAGGCUGGAGGCAACCCUCCGCCCGCGCCUACACGCUUCUCGGGCGAGCUGCAGGUAAAGACACAAGCAGCAACCGCACACUCUGGAGCCGGUGAAGCGGUAGGAGCCGCUGCUGAUGAAGAUGAUCAAGAAGACGCUCUUGAGGCUCUCGUCCCGAGGGUGGAUAUCGACAAGAUCGUUCCGUCGGACGCCAUCGCUCUACUGAGCAGCGCGAACUGGAAAGAGCGCAAGGAGGGCCUUGACACCAUCCAAGGAGUUGUGGCGGCGAACACGCGUCUCAAAGGCAACAUGUCGGAGCUCAGCGGUCCGCUGAAAUUGCGAUACGCCGACAACAACAUGGCCAUCCGCUCGACCGCUUUGGAUAUCAUUUCCAAGAUUGCUGCAGCGAUGGGCAAGCAAUUCGAGCCAAUCGCGCGAGCGUUUGCGGCCUCCGUCACACCGAUCCUGGGUGACGCUAAGGCACCAAUGAGAAUAGCUGGCACUAGCGCUUUGCAAGCUAUGGCCGAGGCCUCAGGCGUCGCGCCACUCAUCUCCGGAUUUGGCUCAGUGCUCGAAACCAAGGCAGCUAAUCCUGCGUUGCGUCAGGAGCUCUUUACGUGGCUUGCUACCUGGUUCGAGGCUCACCCGCCAGAGAAGGGCUUGGACCUGCAACCACUUGCCCUGUCGGCGGUGCAAACGCUGGACGAAAAGCUUGCAGCUGUGCGCAAAGCGGCGCAAGCUGUUCUGCCGUAUAUCAUCAUGCGAUGCGGCUAUAAAUUUGUCGUUGAACAAAGCAAUUCUUUGAAGCCGGCGCAAAAGAAUAGUGUGCUGCCUCUCAUCGAUGCUGCCAAGAGCGAAGCUGCAGCGAAGGCACCCAAAGCCGCUCCGCCUCCAGCAGCGCCUGCCGCAAAGCCGCCUAGCAAAGCGCCUCCUGCCCGAUCAUCUGGCGUCGCUGCGCUCGCAAGAGCUUCCACUUCCGCUUCACCUGCUGCUUCUCCUUCGAGCAAGCUGAACGGUGCAAGUGCGCCUGCCUCACGCCCUGCCAGCGCUUUGAGCCGCUCGUCGUCGGUCAAGCCGCCCACCGCUGUUGGACGUUCGCUGAAGGCGCCUAGCGCGUCACGGCCGCAGUCCGUCCUCAGCAGUGACGACGUCUUUACAGACCGCGCCCCAUCGACGGCCAUCAAGUCUAGGAUCGGUGCUCCUUCCUCACGCAAGCCCACUGCCAUGCAGGAGAAAGCAGUGGAUAAAUCGUUACCGUUCAUCAGUGCUGACAUCAAAUACAAGGCUGCUCGAGAACGCAAAGAGGGGCGAGGUCAGCAAUGGAUUGGCCCCGAUGCUACACCAAGACCCGAGCUUUCCGAGGUACUUCGCUCCAAUUGCGAGCAGCACCUAAGCGCAAGCCUCGUCGACUCAAUGUUCUCGAAGGAUCACAAUGCCGAACGAGACUUCCUCUCCGCACUGACUCUGAUAUCAGACUUCACCUCAAGUCCUGAAUUUGUCCAGGAAGAAUACGGUCUAUCGGAUGAAGAGACGGCCGCGCGUGUCAUCGCCAACGCAGAUCUCGUGUUCAAGUACGUAGCUCUGCGGCUCACCGACAACAAUACCAGCAUCUUCCUCAAGUGCCUGGAUGUCUUGGACCAUCUGGUCAACUCUCUGCGCGAGCAGCAGUACCACAUGAGCGACUACGAGGCGAAUUCAAUCCUACCCUGCUUGGUCGGCAAGUUUGGCGACCCCAAAGUGGCCUUCCGAGACCGCAUCAGGGACAUCUUCCGCCGGCUUGCUUUCAUCUUCCCUCCCAGCAAAAUCUUGAGCCAUUUUGUGGAGAAUGGUCUGCCGUCCAAGAACGCCAAGGUACGAAUGGAGUGUCUCUCGGAGCUUGGUUUCCUAUUCUCGAAGCAUGGCCUGCAGGUGUGCACUCCCGCGAAGACGCUUCCCAUCAUUGCCAAACAAAUUUCAGACCGUGACGCGUCGGUCCGCAAUGCUGCACUGCUAGCGCUAGGGGAAGCUUACCAAAUCGUAGGAGAAGAGGUCUGGAAACACGUGGGAUCGCUUCCUCCAAAGGAAAAGUCACUUCUCGAGGAGCGUCUUAAGCGCACAGCAGCGCCGCCGGCACGCCAACCUUCCUCCGCCUCGAAUAGGCAAAGCAUGCUGCCGGCCUCGGCCAAGCCUGCUGGUCCUCCUUCUCGGCUUGCACGCCCCUCCUCGACCAAUUCCGCGGCUUCCGGAGUCAGCGGUAUCGUGCCACCGGGCGCCGCGGCCAGUAGGAUGCGAAUGCCCAGCGGCAUCGCUCGACCUGGAAGUCGUGCAUUUGCUGCGCCCGCAUCUGCAGAUGCGCCAAGCACAUCCGCAAAUCGUAAUUCUGGCGCUCCAGCUACGUCUGCCUCCGGGACACACGAUCUAGAUGAUGAAGAGGGCUCCGUGCAAGGAGACGUAGACGCAUACACUGUCGAGCAAACAGUCAACGAGGUUCUCAGCAGCGACCCAGAGCGCAGUGUCGAGGCGCUCAAGUCGAUCGAGCGUUUCAUGCAUGAAGUGCAGCCGGCAAUGCCAGAAUAUGCAGAUAGAUUUGGUGUUGUCAUCACCAAGCAGCUGCAUCGAGUAUUCGCCUCGCCUUCCGAUCCAGGCAUCGACAGACUCAAGAAGCACCUACUCAUUGCCGCGACCACUUUCUUCGACCUCGACCGAGGAUGGAACAGCGACGCAUCCUCCCAGGCCGAGGGCGACGCUCCUGGGGGACGCCCGCUUGGCAACUUCGUGACACGAACCACAUUCGUCUCUUUGCUCACUGAGCUGCUUCAAAGGCUCAUAGAAUGCUCACGAGACGGCGAGACUCUUCAGCAAGAGGGCAAAUACAUCAACAUUGUGGUGUUGAGAAGCUUCUCCACUUGUCGUCUGAACGUGCUGUUUGGUGGAUCGCUAUCGAUGCUCGUGCAAGCGGCGGAGGACAUGGCGGAGCUACAAGGAGAGGUGCUGAAGCGUCGCACACAAUUUGCAGAGCUCAUCAUGAAGUGUCUCUGGAAGAUUGCAAGACGCCUACCGGAAGAGCUUCGAGGCGAUGCGCUCGAUGCACCCGAGCUGCUAGCCGAAGUGGAGACAUUCUUGCAGACUAUCCCACCUUCAGAGUGGCGUAGAAGAGGCAGUGAGAAUUUGCCGCUAGGCCAGCUGCCUCUGCGGACAAUCAAGGCUAUACUCGGUCACUUUGUCGAAGUGUAUGGAGAAAACGUCUUCUCUUUGCUCGAAAACCUCCAAGAUCCCGAAGAGAGUCACGUAUACAGUUACUUGUAUCGCCUUGUCUACAAAGAUGCGCAGCCGCAAACAGAGGACGCAGCUGUCACCGAAGAAGCAGAUCGAGCCGAAGCGGAGUUCGGUACGAGUGCUGUUGCCAGGAAGUCUCUCAACGUCGCCUCACCCCCGAUGUCGCCUAGAGUCCGGAGCGGAGGCCCACGUCUUUCUGCACCUGCGGACGAUGACCCAGCAGACAUGGAGCUGAAGACCAUCUUUGCCAAGAUUUCAAGAAAGGACGAGAGCAGGGAGGGCAUACACGACCUGUACUUGUUCCAGAAGAAAUACCCGCAGAAGGAAAAUGCUAUCGAGAGGGGUCUGGAGAACACCGGGCAGUAUUUUCAACGAUACAUCAAGCGAGCCUUGGCGAAUCACGCGGCUGCGGAUCCGGACGCUGCUCCAAGAAGUCGAGGCGAAUCUGUCAAUGAAGCUGAACAGGCAACGGCCGUCCCUUCGCCCGUGCUACCUCCUACCACAGCAUCUGCGAGAUCAAGCCUUGCCUCCCCUGUUCUCGCCACCGAUCGACAUGACAGCCUGACACGAAAAUCCGUGCUGCUAUCCGACAUUGCACCGCCCCCCUCCCCCUCGAGCCAUCAGCGAGUUUCUUCCCAUUCGGACGAGCGCCUCGCUCAGCUCCGAGCCAAGUUUUCCCGUUCUCGGAACCCGUCAGAGCAAGCUCAAGCUGCGAAUAGCUAAAUUGGGCAAGCAAGAUUCAAAGUUUGGAACCUAAGCCGCUACUGCGCCGAUCGACCCGUUGUACCCUUAAAGUGACGAAGUUCGAAUGCCUUCUGCCAAGCCUCUUUUUGAACAAAUGCA